AUGGCUACAUCUCUGGUAGGACACAUGUCCCUCUCGCUGCUGACAGCACCUGCAUACAUACCAUAUCCCGAGCCAGCAUUGCCCGAGGAGGUGAACGGCUUUACUGAUGCGCUUCGCAUCUUUGCCACCAAGGGUCGGGUCGUCAACAGGAGGGCGGGUCUAAGCCCGGAGGCGCUCGCCGAAUUGGGCGACGUUGUUAACGAGAGGGAUCCGAAGUUUGUUCAACUUGUUGCGGACAACGAUACUCGAUGGAACUCCGUCUAUUUGAUGAUUGAGCGUGCCCUACGCCUUCGUUUUCAGAUUGACUGGUUCUGUCAAUGGUCGUUAGAGGAGAAGGAUGCGAAGCGGCGUCUUCCAAGCGAAGACCGUCUUGACACAGAGGACUGGGUCCUCCUUACAAAUAUCAAGGCCAUCUUGGAACCAGUUCAUCGUAUCACGAGGACGUUCGAGGGCCAUGCACCUCGCUUCGGGGAGCGGUACAUCGCGAUAACUGUAGCCUUGCAAAGUUUUGCAAUCGCUGGAGAAAGACCCCAACGCCAGACUGUUCUUCCAAGGCGGUAUGAUGGCCAAGUAAAGGUCAAUUUACCAGGGCACAGACGGGGUGCCAUCCGGCCUCCCGAUGUCUCCUUCGACAGACCCAUUCCGCCGGCUGAACAACAAUCCACCUUCGAGCUCACCGACGUUGGGCUAACCCUUCUACGGAAGAGCCUCGACUUCGCCAUCGCCAAGCUGCAGCAAUAUAUAACGUUGAUGGAGGAUGUCCCAGUAUAUUGGUCGGCGAUGAUCUUGCUCCCUUCGUACCGAACAAGGUGGAUUGAGCGCUUCCUGGCGCACGAUCGGGCGACAGCCAUCAUCGCGCGGUUUAAACAACAAUAUCAGGAAGAAUACGAGGGCAUUGGAGGCACCCAGCCAACGCCAACUGAGGAACCGCACGAGCAGCCGCGCCGGCCAUAUCAAGACCGGCUAGUUGGCCACGACUUCUACUACCCAAAGCCCGACCCAGCGGAUAUUGACGAGGUCGCGAUAUAUCUGGCUGAGCCCGUCAGACCAGCUCCUGACGCAUUAGCUUGGUGGAUAGGGAACCAGGCGCGUUUUCCCCGCCUUUCGUUGAUGGCGUUCGACCUUCUUAGCAUCCCAGUGAUGUCUUCGGAGUGCGAGAGGGUAUUCAGCAGUGCGAGGCUCACAGUGGGCUUAAACCGCUACAACCUCAGCGACAACAGCAUCAACAUGGUGGAGAGUUUGAAACAGUGGUUGAAGAGAGGGCAGGAAGGUUGUAUAUACCCCGCCAUUCACGUCGAGGUAAAGCACGAGGGUGUUGGUGUGGAGAAGGUUGAAUCCUCGAAUGCCGGUAACUUGGCCAAGCGCUUACCCUUAGCUACCGCCGAGGAUCCACCGGCAAAAGUAAACGAUCAGACUGGGAUUCGAACCCAGAACCUUUACCACGUUCCAAAGGACCGGAAAGUAACGCGCUACCAUUGCGCCAUCCAACCUGUCGACUUGUGGUUUGCCGGGGAUGCGCUGGUGAUGUUGUGGCGAACAGGAGUGACCGUGCCCGCUGCGCGCGGGCACGCCAAAGGAGCCUGCAGGAACUUACCGGCUGCAGCGGGUGAGGAGAAUGGGUUCCAGCUUGUGAUUCCUCGUGGACCGGUUGAGCGUGGUGUUGUAGGCACUGUGCUAGGUCGUAUGGGUGUCGUGUUGUUUAAAUCGAGAACUCCCAAGAGGCGACCGCUGCAUGCGAUCCAGGAUCCUCUUGGAAAUGGGUUGACAGCUGUUCGCAUCCAGCCGGCUAACGACUUCCACGGUUGUUGUUCAACGGGAAAGAUGAGGAGGACGUGGCAGACGUGGAUACCUUUGUGA